AUGCCUCUCGCUCCUCGCAACCACAAGAAAACCUACAAGGUCCCCCGUCGACCAUUUGAGGCCCCCCGUCUCGAUGCCGAGUUGAAGUUGGCCGGUGAAUUCGGUCUACGAAACAAACGAGAGAUCUGGCGGAUCGCUUUGACUCUGUCCAAGAUCCGACGAGCUGCUCGAGAGCUCCUCAAGUUGGACGACAAGGACCCCAAGCGUCUUUUCGAGGGAAACGCCCUCAUUCGCCGAUUGGUCCGGAUCGGUGUGCUCGACGAAUCAAGGAUGAGACUUGAUUACGUACUCGCGCUCAAGAUUGAAGAUUUCAUGGAGCGUCGACUGCAGACUCAGGUUUUCAAGUCCGGUCUGGCCAAAUCCAUCCACCACGCUCGUGUUUUGAUCCGACAGCGUCACAUCCGCGUUGGCAAGCAGAUCGUCAACGUCCCCUCCUUUGUUGUCCGUCUCGACAGCCAAAAACACAUCGACUUCGCCCUCACCAGUCCUUACGGUGGCUCUCGUGCCGGGCGUGUCAAGCGAAAACGGGCAAAGAAGGCUGAUGCCGGUGAAGAGGCUGGUGAGGAAGACGAGGAAUAA